AUGUCCACACCAACCAAGUUUACCUUUCCCUCAUUUAUGCUCACCAUCAGCGCAGAGCUAUACGCCCCUGCUGAUGGAUCUCCUGAUCGAAAGGGAGCCGCCAUUGUCGUGAGCCACCCAAUGACGGGUGUCAAGGAACAAACAGCCGCUACCUACGCCCGUGCACUGUCUGCGGCGGGUUUCUUUGCCCUGACAUUUGAUGCUGGCUACCAGGGUGAAAGUACCGGUGAGCCGCGAGGCCUCGAAGAUCCGCACCAGCGAGUCGAAGACAACAAAGCUGCCGUCACUUUCUUGACCACCUUGAAGGGUAAAAUCGAUCCCGAGCGCAUUGGAAUGCUGGGCAUUUGCGCAUCAGGCGGCUAUACUUCCUAUGCUGCGCAAUCUGAUGUCCGCAUCAAGGCCCUUGGCACUGUCAGUGCGGCUUGUGUCGGGCGAAUGACCCGUAACGGCGGUCUCGAGGAAAGCAACAACAAGGAAUCGCCCGAUGCGAUUGCCGGUGCCCUCAAGGCUGCAGCGGAUUGGCGCACCUCUCACGCAGCUGAUGCCAAAUCCGAAGCGCCGAAAAUGUUCGAGACCGAGGCUUCCGCGGUACCGGCAGACGCACCGCCAUUCUUCAAAUCCGCUGCUGCGUACUACGGCACGAAACGCGGCAACCACCCUCGAUCAAACCAGCGUGUGCCGCCUUCAAGCUAUGACUUGAUGAUUGGAUACGAUUCCUUUAAUUUCCAGCACCUCAUCUCUCCCCGACCGCUGUUGAUGAUUGUUGGCUCAAAGGCGGAGACGUUGCAUUAUAGCAAGACGGCGGUUGAAGGAGCAAAGGAGCCCAAGGAGCUGUUUGUCAUUGAUGGGAAGAACCAUUUUGAACUUUAUGAUGACUUGGAACAGUCGGCGCCAAAGCUGGUCGAGUUUUAUGCAGCAGCGCUCGCGAAAUAA